AUGGCGCCUGAAGAUGAGGAGGCGACGACUUUCAGGACCCCGUCGGGAAUAUAUUGUUAUAAGGUCAUGCCGUUAGAACUCAAGAAUGCAGGAGCAACAUAUCAAAGGGCGAUGCAGAACAUAUUUCAAGACAUAAUGCAUAAGCAUGUUGAGUGUUAUAUGGAUGACUUGGUGGUUAGGUUAAAUCAUCAUGAAGAGCAUUGUGAACAUUUGGCAUCGGUCUUCUGCCGAAUCAGAAAGAAACAGUUGAAGAUGAACCCGGCUAAAUGUGCGUUUAGAGUGUCUUUGGGAAAAUUCCUUGGUUUCGUGGUAAGACACAGGGGUAUCGAAAUAGAUCCAGACAAAGUUAGAGCUAUUCAGGAUAUGCCUCCUCCGAGAACGUUGAAAGAGCUAAAAAGCUUACAGGACCCCAUUAAGUAUUUGAUGACAAGGCUGAUGUUGUCAAGAAGGUUAGCAAAGUGGAUGUUACUAUUGUCAGAGUAUGCGAUUACAUACAAAUCGGUGAAAGCAGUGAAAGGACAAGCAAUGGUAGAUUUUCUAGCGGCUCAUCCUGUGAUAGAUUAUGAAGCUAUUCUCGAUGACUUUCCAGAUGAACAAGUUAUGAUGACAGAACUGCCUAAAGUGUGGCAAAUGUUCUUUGAUGGGGUAGCUCGAGCAACGGGGGCAGGUGCCGGAGUAAUAUUCAUUACCCCACAGGGCGAUUUGUUGCUUUAUUCUUUCACAUUAGUUAAGCAUAUACCACGAUAUGAGAAUGCGAAGGCCGAUGCUCUGGCCAGUCUAGCAGCAGCACUAUCGUGCCCAGAUCGAAGCCCCCUGCAAGUAACCAUCAAAGAAAGGAGAUUCCUGUCUUCAGCAGAGAUGGUUGGUGAAACAAUGGAAGCUCUACCCACAUCAUGCUUAGAAGUGACAAUAGAUGAUUGGCGUCAACCUUUCAUUUACUAUCUCAAGUAUGACAUCUUACCAAACGAUCCAGAGGUGAAAUCGCAGAUUAAGCAAAAAGUAAAAAGAUUCAUCUUGUGUAAUGAAGAAUUAUAUAAAAGAUCUUAUAAUGAAGUGUUGUUGCGAUGCCUCAACAAAGAAGAAGCACAUCAAGUGCUACAAGAGGCACAUUCUGGGGAAUGCGGGGCAUAUCAAGCCAGGUGGAAUUUGUUCCACCGAGUGCAUCGAAUGGGAUAUUACUGGCCGAUAAUGUUUAAAGAUGUAAUAAAUUAUGCGAGGUGGUGCCAUGAGUGUCAAAUCCACGGAGACAUCAUACAUGUCCCUCCUGAAGAUCUUCAUCAGUCAGUUACUUCUUGGCCUUUUGGUGUGUGGGGACUUGAUGUCAUUGGCCCUAUCAAUUCACUGUCGUCUAAAGGAAAAUAG